UGUGCGCUGAUAUGGAUACGAUUGGCUUUUACUGUUGAAACUGGACACAUUACAGUGGUACGGUGACAGUGGAGGACUUCGAAGAGCGGUAAAACUUCUUCCACGGCCGCACUCAUGUGAUUUCCCCUUGUUUGAGCCAUGUCCAAGAGCCUGAGGAAGAGGAAGAACCACUGGACUAACAAAGUCCACGAGAGUGUCCUUUGCAGAAAUGAGGAGGGGGAGCUGGGGCUGGAGUUGAAGGGCGGCGCAGAGAAUGGACUGUUCCCGGUUAUCGGCGAGCUUCUCCCGGGCAGAGCGGUCUGCCACAGCGGCAAACUCUGCCAGGAUGAACUCCUCCUGGAAGUCAAUGAUACCCCAGUGGCUGGUCUCACCACCAGGGACGUCCACGCUGUGGUCAAACACAGCAAAGACCCCGUCCGAGUCAAGUGUGUCAAACAAGGGGGCGUGAUAGACAAGGACCUGCGCCACUACCUCAACCUGCGCUUUCAGAAAGGCUCAGUGGACCACGAGCUGCAGCAGAUCAUCCGGGACAACCUCUACCUCCGCACCGUCCCCUGCACAACCAGGCAGCCCAAGGAAGGAGAGGUCCCAGGGGUGGAUUAUAAUUUCGUGACCAUUGAUCGGUUUAUGGAAUUGGAGAAAAGUGGAGCCCUGCUAGAGAGCGGAACAUAUGAAGAUAACUUUUACGGCACCCCGAAGCCUCCGGCCGAGCCCAGCGCUCUGCUGCUAAAUGUAACAGACCAGCUGCUGCCGGGCGCCAGACCCACCUCCGAGGGCAAGAGGAAGCGUAACAAGUCGGUUAGCAACAUGGAAAAAGCCAGCAUCGAGCCCCCCGAGGAGGAGGAGGAGGAGAGACCCGUCGUCAAUGGCAACGGUGUAGCUGUCACCCCAGAGUCGAGCGAACAUGAGGACAAGAGUACAGACGCUUCGGGGGACAUCGCCCCGCAGGGCAUCCUGGCGGAUGCCCCACCUGAGGCGCCUAAAGACGACGGACAGUCCCCGAAAAUGACACUACCCAAACCAGAUGAGAACGACGAGCUAGGGCCACUGCCAGACAACUGGGAGAUGGCAUACACCGAGAAAGGAGAGGUCUACUUCAUAGACCACAAUACCAAGACAACAUCGUGGCUGGACCCGAGGCUAGCCAAGAAGGCAAAGCCGCCCGAGGAAUGCAAAGAGGAUGAGCUUCCGUACGGCUGGGAGAAAAUCGAUGACCCCAUUUACGGCAGCUACUAUGUUGACCAUAUAAAUAGAAGGACUCAGUUUGAGAACCCAGUCCUGGAGGCUAAAAGGAGACUCCAGCAGCAGCAGCAGAUGCAAAGCCAGGGUCUGUCCUCACUGCCCCUUCCCACCAUCUACAGAGUGGAGGAUGCCAGCCCCUGUGCCCCCCUCCCCAGACCCCCCCUCGUUCAGGUCGGCUCGGUGCCCGUGCGCUGCCACAGCCUCGGCGACCUCUCCCCCUCGCCAACUCUGGGUCGCAGGGCCGCUGCGUAUGCUACAUCCUCCUCCGCCGACGUCUCCCCGCUCCGGCGUGUCCUGACCCGGCGGAUGAAUACGUGUCCCCACCACCACCACCACCACCAGCAGCAGCAGCGGCAGCCACUUCACACCUCCGCCUGCACUGUGGUGCUAGAGCAGCCUGUCUGUAGCCCCUUCUCCCUGUGGCACUUUGUCAAGAAGCCGCUGUUCACGCGGGACCCCACUCAGUUGAAAGGCAGUUUCUUGUCCACAUCACUCCAAAAGAGCAACAUGGGCUUCGGCUUCACUAUUAUCGGAGGCGACGAGCCUGACGAAUUCCUCCAGGUCAAGAGUGUUAUCCCCGAUGGGCCUGCCGCAGCUGAUGGAAAGAUGGCCACAGGGGAUGUCAUUGUCUACAUCAACGAUGUGUGCGUCCUGGGCACCACCCACGCCGAUGUGGUCAAACUCUUCCAGUCGGUGCCAAUUGGCCAAAGCGUCACCCUUGUCUUGUGCCGUGGAUACCCUUUGCCCUACGACCCAGAGGAAGCUGCCAACACCAACAACAACACUACCAUCAUCUCCCCGCUGGGCAUCAUGGAGCAGCGGCCCAUCAUGGUGAACGGCAGGACGGGCUACGACAACUACCUGGACUAUCUCUCCCGCACGGCGCGCUUCGUCACAGACCCCGGUCAGGACCAGGUCAAUGCCCAGCAGCAGCUGCUCACCCCUCACCCGGGUGACACCCACUUAGACGGCUCGCUUCCUCCCACCACCGGCACCACACCUCCUGACAGCGUUUCCAUGGCGUCGUCGGGGGCGACCCAAGGGGAGCUACUGACGCUAACCAUGGUGAAGGGCAUGGAAGGUUUUGGCUUCACUAUCGCUGACAGCGCUACAGGCCAGCGAGUCAAACAAGUGCUAGAGCCUCUGGGCUGCCCGGGUCUGUUCGAGGGUGACCUGAUCGUGGAGAUUAAUAAGCAAAACGUGCAGGGAUUCGCACACACCCAGGUGGUGGAGCUUCUCAAGGAGUGUGCAGUGGGAGCCGAGACCAGCCUGGUGGUUCAGAGAGGUGGAACAGGUCACUAUUCACCCUGGAAGACCCCUAAGCAGGUGCUGGAGCAGUGGGAGUCCCAGCAGGGCCAGGGCAGCCCUGCUCAGACCAGCCUGUCAGCCCCCGUUAUUCCCCACAACGCCCCCUUCCCAACACACCAUCUCCACAGGGCCUCUGUCCCAGACUCAGCCUCCGAGGCCUUGGCCCUGGCUAAACCAGACCCUUAUGACCUUUAUGAGAAGUCCAGGGCUAUCUAUGAGAGUAGGCAACCAGGCCAAACAAGGGCAGUCUUUCCUGUGGACUCCUCAGGAGCAGAGUAUCAGGACAUAGAGGUGCACCUGCGCAGACAGAAGUCCGGCUUCGGUUUCCGGGUGCUGGGCGGGGACGAGGCAGGGCAGCCUGUGAGUCCGGAGACGUGUGAGAAGAUCUUGAUCGGGGCCAUCAUCGAGAAGAGUCCGGCAGAUCUUGAUGGGCGCUUGCGGCCCGGUGAUGAGCUGCUGUUUGUGGACGGGAUCCCAGUUGUGGGGAAGCCGCACAGAUAUGUCAUUGACUUGAUGCACGGAGCGGCCCGAAACGGCCAAGUGAAUCUGGUCAUCAGGAGGAGGGUGCAGGCAGCAGGUGAGUCCUUUCCAGAGAACGGUCGUAGCCCGGGCUCUGUCUCCACGCAACACAGCUCCCCACGCAGUGACUUCACCUAUGGCAACAGCACCAGCACUACCCAGGCACCCAACGCCAACAUGGGCAACCCAACCGCCGCUUCGGACAGGACGUCGACCCCCAACACACAACCCAGUGAUGUCAUCAUCAAUCGAAAGGAGAGCGAAGGCUUCGGCUUCGUCAUCAUCAGCUCGCUCAACAGGCCGGAGGCGGCCGCCACCAGCACUGUGCCGCAUAAGAUUGGCCGCAUCAUCGAGGGCAGCCCGGCCGACCGCUGCGGGAAGCUGAAAGUGGGAGACAGGAUACUGGCAGUGAACAGCCAGUCCAUCGUCAACAUGCCACACGCCGACAUCGUUAAGCUGAUCAAGGAUGCGGGCCUCAGCGUCACCCUGAAGAUUAUACCGCAGGAGGAGAGCAGCAAUCCCCCAUCAGCCCCUAGCUCUGAGAAACAGAGCCCCAUGGCCCAGCAGCACAGCCCGAAGACCCAGCCAAGCACCGCUGCCUCACUGCCCAACCCAGCAGUCACAGAACCCAACCCUUUGGUUAACCAGCCCAAUCCCAUGCCUCACCAGAGCCCUGUGACCCAGCUGCCCACCCCUCCUCCUCAGACCUACACCCACGAGAGCAGUUUCAGGUCAGAGGUGAAAGCAAGGCAAGAUGUUAAACCAGACAUCAGACAGCCACCAUUCACAGAUUACCGACAGCCGCCGGUGGACUACCGGCACCCUCCUGUGGCAGACUACAGGCAGCCACCCACGUUGGACUACAGACACCCGCCGUUGCUCGACUACAGACAGCUAGCUACUGACACCAGGCAGUUCACCAUCCCGGACUACCGAAUGCCACCAGUUCAACUUUCACAGGACUUCGACUUUUUCACAGUGGAGUUGGAGAAAAGUGUGAAAGGCUUCGGUUUUAGCAUCCGCGGAGGGCGGGAGUACAAGAUGGACCUGUUUGUCCUACGCCUGGCAGAGGACGGACCGGCCAUCCGCAACGGGAGGAUGAGGGUUGGGGACCAAAUAAUUGAGAUCAAUGGAGAGAGCACCCGGGACAUGACCCACGCGAGGGCCAUCGAGCUGAUCAAGUCUGGAGGCAGACGCGUUCGUCUCCUCCUGAAGAGGGGUACGGGGCAGGUCCCAGAGUACGAUAAUGCCGCCCCAUGGGAUGCCUGCCCUUCAGCCUCCCCAAGCCUGUCGGAAGUAGCCCCUCCCAUCGACAGCCUUUCCAUGUCAUCGCCUUCAUCACAUCUGGCCCCGGCCCCCGACCCACCUCACCUGCCGCCUCUGGACGUCCCUCAAGACCCGGUGGCACGAGACAGCUGGACGGAGCGUUCGAAGAGCCCCCAGAAGGCAGAGCUGCUAAAUCCAGAGCCGAUCAGCCAGGGGAGAAGAGCGGCUACAACCGGCGGGAGCGGCAGAGCCAAGAAGGGGGGUGGCAGGUCCACCCACAAGGGGCACAGGGUUCAGCCCGCUACUGAGGGGGAAGUGGGCAAGGAGUGGCAGACCGGGGAGCUCAAACCUUCCAGGAGCACCAGAGGGAGGUCCAAGGAGAGAUUUACUGAGGACAACCGAGAAUCCACCGAAUCUCCCAGCAGCUCCAAGCUCCCGCACACCAACGGGAACAGCAGGGAAGAUGUGGAAUGUUACGGUGGAGGGCAGCAGGUGGAGUCGGAGCAGAGCAGACCCAGGCCCAGGGAACUGGACAGGGGCCUGGGAGAGAGCCGGCCCAGCCUUCCCAACAAGAGCACCAGCAGCGGCAGCGCAGCAGGGAGGAAGGCCACGGUCUCUCCUGGGCCUUGGAAGAUCCCUGGAUCAGACAAGCUGGCCAGCACACUGCACACAGGCACGUCCACGCUGAGCAGAUAACACCGCGGCUCCAGCAGAAGACAGUGGCCACACUCAUCGAAACUAAACCACCGCAUGUGGACGAAACCACCAUCCUCACACCUUCCUGUGCUCCUUUAUCCCCACCCCCCUCCAUCCCGUUCUACCAUAGACCACAGAGUCCGAAACCAAGGGGGGGGGGGGGCAGGGUGAUCUGGACCACGUGUUUUUAGAGUUUUAUUUAUGAUAUUGUACUCUAAAUUAUUUUGAGAAAUAUUUUACACCCACCACCUUAAGAACUGGAAAAUCAUCCACUUUCAAAAAAAAACAAAAGAAUG